CAACAGUACAGUACACAAUCAACCAUCAUUCGCAGUGAAUUUGGAGCAAUGGAGUAGCUACAAUUAUCCAAGACUCGUAGGGGCUCAUCUCCCAACAAAUGGCUUUGUAGCAAAAAGCAGAAAAAAAUUCGAAAAAAGAGAAAAUGGAAGCUUUGUUGGAACUGUUUGACCCAGCUGACAGUGGUCAGAGACUCUCCUCUGUCACCACCAGCACUCCGAAGAACCUCCCUCCUGAGGUUGAGGAGGGCAAUGUAGAGUAUAAGCUCAAGCUGCUCAACCCUAAUCCAUCAAGAUUCGAGCAUCUGGUCACACAGAUGAAGUGGCGUCUACAAGAGGGGCAAGGAGAGGCUAUUUAUAAGAUUGGGGUGACUGAUUGUGGCUUCCUCAGGGGACUCAGUGAGCAAGAGAUGGAGGACUCCAUAGCAACACUCAAGAAAAUGGCUGAAAGACUCGGAGCCGCCCUCACUUAUCUAGACACCACUGUCAUUCAAGAGGAUGGAGAGACUGCGAGGCGAUCCGUGAGGGAGGUCUUGGUUAGGAAGGUGCCUGACAAUCAGCAGUUUCUUGAUCUGCGACUGGCCGUCCUUGGUCCAAUGGAGGCGGGGAAGAGUACCCUGCUGGGGGUGCUCACACAGGGAGAGCUCGAUAACGGACGUGGGAAGGCAAGGCUCAACUUGUUCAGGCAUCUUCACGAGAUACAGUCUGGAAGGACAUCCUCGAUCAGUCAUGAGAUUCUGGGGUUCGAUUCUAAAGGGGAGGUGGUGAAUUAUUCGAAGUGUGUGAGUGCCGAGGAGAUCUGUGAGAGGUCGUCCAAGCUUGUGUCAUUUAUUGACCUUGCUGGCCAUCAGAAGUACAUGAAGACUACCAUUUUUGGGCUGACUGCCCACAGGCCUGAUUUUGCCAUGCUGGUGAUCGGAGCUAACUCAGGAAUUGUUGGUACUACUAGAGAACAUCUUGGAUUCUGCAUUGCUCUUCAAGUGCCUACUUUUGUGGUGGUGACUAAAGCUGACCUGUGCUCACGGCAGCAGAUGAAUCGCACUGUGGAACAACUGGAGCUGAUACUGUCCAGUGCAGGAUGCAGAAAGGUGGCCUUUAAAGUGAAGAAUGAGUCUGAUGCCUGUACAGCUGCUCAAAGAUUCACAGAAAAACAGUGUGGGAUAGCCCCGAUCUUCCAAGUGUCAUGUGUGACUGGUGAGAACCUGGAUCUCCUCUACAAGUUCCUCAACACUGUUCCCCCUCUCCACUCAAGCCAUUCUCAAGAGAGCCUCGAACAGCAGCUGGCUGAGUUCCACGUCGACGAACUCUUCAACGUACCCGAGGUUGGCACCGUCGUCGGUGGGAUCUUGACAAGGGGCGUGGCACAAGUGGGGGAUCGAGUGCUUGUUGGACCAUCGGAAACUGGGGAGUUUUGUGAGACCAAGGUUGCUACAAUACGACGAAAUAGGACCCCCUGUACUCUAGUAAGGGCUGGACAAACGGCCACUGUGACUCUGGACCACACCAAGCAUGCCGACUUCAGAAAGGGCACUGUCAUCUUCUCCCCUCGACUGACACUCAACGAAACUUGCAACAGUUGUUUUGAGUUUAUAGUCAAGCUCCACAUUCUCACGAGCUCUGGCUCUGGCAUUAAAAGAGGCUUCCAGGGCACUGUCUUUGUGGCCAGCUGCAAGCAGAAUGCAGACGUGGUGGAGAUCGUAGGCAAGGAGAGUCUCUCUGCUGGUGAGAGUGGGUUUGUCCGCUUCAACUUCCUGAAGCAUCCUGAGUUCCUACGGGUGGGAACAAGAGUACUGCUACAAGAGGGGAUGACCCGAGGCAUUGGAGAGAUUAUCCAGCUGAUAGUGGGUGAAGAGGAACGAACUAAACAAAGAAAACCUUCUAGAUAGUAACGUGUGUGUGGACUCAAGCCUAGUUGGUCCCACUAAUAUAAUUUAUACCUAUAAUUAUAUUAUUUUAGGAAAAGGUGCCAGCCACCUCCAUAAUUAUAUUUAUCUAUAUGGUAACUCUGA